CUCCUGCCUGUCCAGAGCAGUCAGCAAAGGAUGGCCGAGAGCUCCAAACUCCAGCUCUUCGUCAAGGCGAGCGACGAUGGGGAGAGCAUCGGGCACUGCCCCUUCUGCCAGCGCCUCUUCAUGAUUCUGCUGCUCAAGGGGAUCCCCUUUACUCUGACCACAGUGGAUAUGAAGAGGGCCCUGGAUGUGCUGAAGGAUUUUGCCCCAGGAGCCCAGCUGCCCGUGCUGCUGUAUAACGGGGAGCCCAAAACCGACACCAACAAGAUCGAGGAGUUCCUGGAGGAGACCCUGGGCCCCCCAAACUUCCCCAGUCUGGUUCCCCGGUACAAGGAGUCGAGCACGGCCGGGAACGACAUCUUCCACAAGUUCUCUGUGUUCAUCAAGAACUCGCUGCCGGCCCAGGACGAGGUGCUACAGAAGAACCUGCUGAAGGCCCUCCUGAAGCUGGACCGGUACCUGAGCACCCCCCUGGAGUACGAGCUUGUCCGGGACCCCAGCCUCACCAUCUCCCACAGGAGGUUCCUGGACGGCGACCAGCUGACACUGGCCGACUGCAGCCUGCUGCCCAAACUGAACAUUGUCCAUAUCGUGUGCAAACAUUACCGGCAGCUGGGGAUCCCCCAGGAGCUGCGCGGGGUCUGGCGCUAUCUGGACAGCGCCAGGGAGGCCAAGGAGUUCAAAUACAGCUGCCCCAACAGCGAGGAGAUCGUGCAGGCCUAUCGCACCGUGGUCAGGCCGCUCAAGUAGGCAGAGCCCGACGCUGCCUCUGCUCAGCCUGGCGCUGCCCUGCACCCACUGCUCACGGUGCCAGUGCUGGAGAGGGGCCUGGGGCUGCCCUGCCCGGCCUGGUCCUUCUUCAUCUCUCUGCCCAUGAGCAUCAGACAAGGGUUGAGGGAAUUGGAGCCACUGCCCCUCUCGCCUCCCCUGGGCGCAGCAGCCUCAGGGCUAGGCCAGCCUGGACUCCUGGGGGGCAGAGGAAGCCAUGUCCCCUUUGCCAGUCAGGACACAGGACAGGAUGGGACCUCCUGGCUCCUCAAACCCAGUCGCUAUCCCCUUCCUGUACUUAUUGGGGGGAAGCUCAUUCAGCACCUCUUCCUCCCCUCCCCCCACGCGACCCUCAUCUCUCUCCUGCCGCCAGAGCCUUCUCCUGGCAACCCAGCUACCGCUCUCCUUUCAGCUCCUGCUCCACCAGCUGCAGAAAGGGCAGCCUCAGGCUCUGCCCCUGGCAGGGGGUAAGGGCAGAGGGGCUCCGAGUACCAGCAGCGGGCCCUGGCACAGCUAGGGUGCGGCCCUGUCUAUACCAGAGCACAGCCCCGGUGGGGAGGGACAGGAAUUGUAAAGCAGGAGUGGGGCAGACAGCGUAGAUUGGGAAGGAGCCUUCCAACGUCCUGGAGCUCAGCUGGGGGCAGGGCAGCUAGCCCCAGCCUGUGGAGGGGGCCGGGCAGGGCAGAGGAGCCCAGGAGAGGUGAGGGGCAGAGAAGAGCAGUGGGGGCCCAGAAAUUUGCAUGACCCUCCCCUGCUGGGCUCAGCCAUGCUCUCUCUACGGGGGCUGCUGGCUGGGCCCUGUCGGCACGAGCAGUUAGUGUCCAGCACUGGCUCAGGUCUGCCCCGCUUAGAGACAGGCCAGGCCAGGCCAGGCCACCAGGGGAGAUGGAGGCCGGAGC